UCCUUUCAAUUUCACAAGAUUCUGAAUCUGCUGUUUGACUGCCUAUAUCCUAGCAGCAGUUAGAAAAACAGAUUUUGUUCUGUUGGUAAAAGAUUGUGUUACACAUGAGAUCCCUGGUCCAACUCAUUCUCUUCUUGUGCCUGACAGGGCAGCUGCAAGUCACAGGGGAAGAGAAUGACUCUCCAAAUUUGUCAACCAAAUAUGGACAACUUCACGGUAGAAAAAUAAAGGUAAAAGAAACCGAUCAAGCAGUACAUGCUUUUUUUGGGAUCCCGUUUGCGAAGCCGCCGGUUGGGCCAUUAAGAUUUGCACCCCCACAACCACCUGAACCAUGGGACUCCAUCAGAGACGCAACACAAUAUCCAGCAAUAUGUCUGCAAAUGUCUGAACAAUCAGAAAAACUCAAUGAAUACUUCCAAUCAAAUUUUGAGAUACCACCGGUUUCAGAAGACUGCCUGUUUCUAAAUAUCUUUACUCCAGCAAACCAGGAAAAUGAUCUCAAGUUGCCAGUCAUGGUGUUCAUACAUGGAGGAGGACUGUCCAUGGGAGCCGCAUCUUUUUAUGAUGGAUCAGCCCUAUCUGCAUAUGAAAAUGUGGUGGUGGUUGCAAUACAGUACAGGCUGGGCUUAUUGGGGUUCUUUAGUUCUGGUGAUGAGCAAGCACGAGGAAACUAUGGAUUCUUAGAUCAAGUUGCUGCUUUACAGUGGAUACAAGAAAAUAUUCAGGAUUUUGGAGGUGACCCACAGUCUGUUACCAUAUUUGGUGAAUCUGCUGGUGGAGUGAGUGUAGCUGCACAUGUAUUAUCGCCUUUAUCCAAAGGUUUGUUCCACAGGGCAAUAGCUGAGAGUGGUGUUGCAAUAAUCCCUAGUCUUAUUCUCACUAAAGCAGAAGACAUUCUUUAUUUAAAGAAGUUUAUUGCUAAUGUUUCUGGCUGUGAUAUAGCUGAAGUAGUGGACUGCUUGAAGAGGAAAACAGAAGAUGAGAUUCUUACAAUUACUAGGACAAUGGCAAUAGGAGCUAUACCUGCUUGUGUAGAUGGGGUAUUUCUUCCCAAAAUUGCUGAGCAGAUUUUGAGAGACAAAGAAAGUAACCGUGUCCCCUUUAUAAUUGGGAUGAACAAUCAUGAGUUUGGAUGGAUAAUUCCAGUGGUGAUGAAUAUAAGUGGAUUUGAAGACGGAAUGACUAUAGACACAGCUGAAUCACUUCUCCGCAACCUUCCAUUACUCGGCGUCAGUUCUGAAUCCAUUAGUAUAAUAAUGGAUGCAUACUUUGGUGACAUAGAUGAUCCUCUUGAAAUCCGAAAUCAAUUCAUUGAUUUAUGCGGAGACAUUGUAUUUGCUUUGCCAGCCAUUAAAACAGCAAAAUAUCACAGAGAUUCUGGCUUACCUGUUUAUUUCUAUGAAUAUCAGCACCGUGCCUCUUUAUUUAAAGAUUCCAAGCCAGCUUUUGUUAAAGCAGAUCAUGGAGAUGAAAUUCUCUCUGUUCUGGGAAUCCCAUUCUUGAAUGAAGAAAGUAUUUUUAACUUUCCUGCUACGGAUGAAGAAAAAACCCUAAGCAGAAUAGUUAUGAAAUACUGGGCCAACUUUGCACGAAAUGGGGACCCUAAUGGAUUUGGUUUGGAAGAAUGGCCUGUGUAUGAUCAAGAUGAAGCUUAUCUAGAAAUUGACUUGAAACAGAAUGUAGCAAAGAAGCUAAUAGAAAAGAGAGUGGAGUUUUGGACCACCACACUUCCUGAAAAAUUGAAGAAGUUGCAUGAUGAGAAGGCAGACCGCACAGAACUUUAGAUUUCUUUAGAUAUUUCUAUGUUUCAAAAGUGAUGCAAGUUUUAAAAUAUUACCUACAAAGCAGUUGAAAAAGAAACUACAAUUAAAAAAAUCUGACCAUCAUCUCGAUUUUUUUAAAUAUUUAAUAAACAAAGUUUUAGUCACUUCCACAA